AGGAAGUGAAUGAGCCGCCAUAGGGGCAGUGCAGAGUGAACGGGAAGCGCAGUGACAGGCGGAGGAGGGGGAGGAGGAAGCAGCUGUGUUCGGGUUGUCUGUAUGGGGGCUCCGAGCUCGGUGUCCAGGCUAUACGCCGGACUAUCACCCGGCACCAUGAUCAACCACCCGGCCACUGCACAGCGAUCAGCCCCGGCCGUCUAGUCCGUCCUCCUCCCAUCAGGCCGUGCAUGAAGCCAGAGGAUGAGCCUGACACAGCACUGAGCUCAGCUAUGGAAGGAGUUCUCUACAAAUGGACCAAUUACAUCACAGGUUGGCAGCCUCGCUGGUUUGUUUUAGACAAUGGUAUUCUUUCAUACUACGAUUCCCAAGAUGAUGUCUGUAAAGGCAGCAAAGGAAGUAUUAAAAUGGCUGUCUGUGAAAUUAAAGUUCACUCAACAGACAACACGAGGAUGGAGCUCAUCAUCCCUGGAGAACAACACUUCUAUGUCAAAGCUGUAAAUGCUGCAGAGAGGCAGAUGUGGUUGGUAGCGUUGGGGAGUUCUAAGGCCUGCCUGACUGAUGACAGGACCAGGAAAGAGAAAGAAAUCGGCGAAACCAAUGAAUCUCUGAAAACCAAAAUGUCAGAGCUGCGGCUAUAUUGUGACCUGCUCAUGCAGCAGGUACACACCAUCCAGGAGUUUGUCAGUCAAGAUGAGAAUCGGCCAUCGCCAAGUGCUGAGAAUAUGAAUGAAGCAUCUUCAUUGCUCAGUGCAACCUGCAACACCUUUAUCACCACACUUGAAGAAUGUGUCAAGAUUGCAAAUGCCAAAUUCAAACCAGAAAUGUACCAGCUGCCUCCUCAUGAGUGCUUAGUGUCUGCCGUAUCUCCUUCUCCUAUACAAAUGAUGAAGCGAUCCAUGAGUCACCCAGGCACCUACACUUCAGACAGGAAUACCUAUUCUCUAAAGGAACAUAUAUCAAUUCAUCGGGCUUCUCACAGGAGGCGAAGUGCUUACUCUGAUACAGAAGCAGCCAGUGAUGGUCCUGUAGAAGACACUGAUAGGUCCAUGCACUACCCCAGAGUUGGAAUCAAUGGUGACUUACCUCCUGCAAGUCUGGCAGAUAACAGGAUUAGAUCAAAGCAGCCUUCUGAAACAGAGGAUUCCUCCGCAUCUUUUUCUUCCUGAACCCCAAGAGGACAUUUUAGGUAAUCAAAGACUUUGUAAACAUCUUGCUAUGCAAAGACUGCCCGUAUCAGACUCUUGUGACAUAGAAACGUUUGUUGGAUCUUUAGAUGGAUGUCUCUGCACUUUAUAUAAUAAUGUCUGAGUGAACUUUGAAGUCAGUUUUAUCUUUGUACAGUUUAUUUCCAAAAGUAUUUUCCUACUAACCUUUGCAGUCUGAAUGUG